GGGGGUAGUGGAGUCAGACGGAGCGAUGGGAAGCUGGAGGCCGGGUUGAUGCCGGCCGGUUCCCGCUUCUGCUCCUACUGCGACACCCAGGCUUCCCCUCCGGCCCGCAGCCCGGCCGCGGCGGCGGCGGCAGCAGCAGCAGCAGGGAGCGCCAUGCCGCGCAAGAAACCCUUCAGCAUCAAGCAGAAGAAGAAGCAGCUGCAGGAGAGGCGGGAGAGGAAGAGGCAGGGCUUCCCUGACGGUGUGCGCUCCAGCUCCCACAGCCGGAGCGGCAGCCACGAUCGGCAUGAGGAGCAGACGGACACCUCGGACAGCGAGUCCUUCACCCUGCAAGUCCGGAAGAUCAACCAGCAGCCGGCCCUGCGCAGACCGGGAGAGAAGGGAUACGACCCUAACAGAUUCCGACUGCAUUUUGAAAAGCAAAGCCGGGAGCAGAUUGAACAAAGGAAGAAGCUGAUGCAGGAGAAGAUCAUCGAGUUGAUUCCGGAGACGGAGCUGGAAGUGGACAUUGACGACAUCUACAAGCCUGGGUCUGUGUUGGACUUCCCGAAGCGAUCUCCGUGGAACUACACGAUGAGCAAGGAGCAGCUCCUGGUGCAGGAGGAGAAGGCUUUCCGAGAGUACCUGGAGAAGAUCUACAGCACAUUCGAUCCCGCCGCGCUCAGCUUCUUUGAGCACAACCUGGAGACAUGGAGGCAACUGUGGAGAGUGCUGGAGAUGUCUGACAUUAUCCUGUUGAUCACGGACAUCAGGCACCCGGUGAUUCACUUUUCGCCGGCGCUCUACGACUAUGUGACGGGGGAGAUGAAGAGGAGCCUGAUCCUGGUGCUGAACAAGAUUGACCUCGCACCGCCCUCUCUGGUGGCCGCCUGGAAACACUACUUCCAGCAGAAGUUCCCUCAGCUCCACGUUCUCUGCUUCACGUCCUACCCGCGGGAUACACAGGACGAGACGGACCCCAGCACAGUGUUUCAGAAGCGGCGUAGACGGAGACGAGUGCGGACCAUGGCGGUGGGACCCAGGCAGCUCCUCAAAGCGUGCGAGAUCAUCAUUCAGGGCAAAGUGGACCUGAGCAGCUGGCGGGAGAAGAUGGAGCGGGACUGUGCCGGCAGUCGGGCCGGUGAGCUGACGGACGAGGAUGAGGACGAUGAGGAGACGGCGGCCGUGAUGGUGGAGCACCUGACCGACACCGCCAUGGAGGUGUGCCGUGGCCCCGGAGAACUCUACAAGGACGGCAUCCUCACCCUGGGCUGUGUGGGCUUCCCCAACGUGGGCAAGUCAUCGCUCAUCAACGGGCUGGUGGGCCGGAAGGUGGUGAGUGUGUCGCGGACCCCCGGACACACCAAGUACUUCCAGACCUAUUUCCUCACCCCCACCGUCAAACUGUGCGACUGCCCAGGGCUCAUCUUCCCAUCACUGGUCGACCGACAGCAGCAGAUGCUGUCGGGUAUUUACCCUGUGGCCCAGAUCCAGGAGCCGUACAGCUCGGUGGGCUACCUGGCUGCCCGCAUCCCAGUACAAACGCUGCUCAAGCUGCAGCACCCGGAGCAGGGGCAGGGGCAGGGGCAGGGGCAGAGCCCGGCCAAGUUCACAGCCUGGGACCUGUGUGAAGCAUGGGCGGUGAAGCGAGGUUACCGUACGGCCAAGGCUGGCCGCAGCGACGUGUACCGAGCGGCCAACAGCAUCCUGCGGCUGACUGUGGACGGCCGCCUGUGUCUGUGCAUGCGGCCCCCCGCCUACACCGCCCACAAAGCCUACUGGCUCCAGCACAGCGAGACGUUGGAGAUAGCUGCCCUCCAGGAAGCCCACCGGCAACAGACCAAGCAAAGCUCGGAGGACGAGGAGGAGAUAUCCAGCUCUGACCAGGAGGAUGACGAGAAGGACCAAGAUGCAGACGAGGAGGAGGAUGGGGAGGAGGAGGCGGGGGAGGGGGAGGGGGACAGGGCAGAGUUGCGACCAGCCCCCGUCAGCCGGGGUAAGAAGGCAACCCUGCUCAGCAACAACAAGUUUGCCGUGCUGGGUGAGGAUGAAUGCUGACACCCCGGCUCGCCUCUCUCGGACAUUAUCAGCUGAGCAUCUGCCUCCUGCCUCCUGCACCAGCGGCUGGCUUACACCAGAGUGCAUUGAGAUUACCCUUCCCCCCUGAAUGUAGCACUCUGCCCCAAUAAAGCUUUAUUUACCCUAA